AUGUCGUUCCUCGUCGAGUAUAGGUACACGUUUAAUGGACACCGAAUCGUACAAGUUUCCUCGUCGGUAUCUAGUAUCAGAAUAUCGGGGAACAGGCCGAACGAGUCGGCUGCUGUGAAGAAGAUCACUUACAGCGAGUGGAUGCGAAGGAAGCAAGAAAUGGCGCGACGAAGAAAGGAGGAAGAAGAUCUGGCCGAGAGGCAGAGGCAAACGGAAGAGGAAAGACUGGCUCGCGAGAAACAAGAGAGAGAAUGUCGGGAAAGGGAGAAUUUCUUAAAAUGGUCCGAGAGGAAGAAGAAGGAAGAGAAGAAGAAGAAAGAUGCGACGGAGAAAGAACUGGAAUUGCAGAAGCAACUGAAAGAGGUGGAGGAUAAAACGGCUGUAGUGAAGACUUUGUAUCUUCGUCAGUGGGCUCGUAAAAAGAAGGAAGAAGAGAAAGCACGCCGGAAGAAAGAGGAAAUGAAACGAGAACAGGAGGAAGAGGAAAGGAAGAAAAGGUUGGAGGAGAGCACGAGAGCCUACGAGAAUUGGCGAAAGAUGGCGAAGAACAAACCGAGGCCUGCCACCCAAGGACUUCUACCUCAUCAGAAAGUGAAACCAGCGUACAUAAAUCCUACGCCGUGGCAGCGAAUCGUCGACGAUACCGAGGACGUUGUCGAGGAUAAUGCGUUCAACGUUGACAGAAAAGGACAAACUCAGCCGAAGAUUAGCAAUAAGAAGUGUGCUACAUCUUAUCAGAUUGGCACCCAAAUGAAGUAAAAGGUUGUAAUAAUGGCCAUUGUCUGCGAGGGUGGCCGCAUAGUGUAGAGGAGUUCGCCCAUCGAGAUCGAUUGCAUGUGUAG